AUGAAGAAGCUUUUCUUUUUCAAAUCAUCAUCUGGUAAUGCCACUGAUAAACAUAUCCUCCGAGAAAAAGAAUCAGAAACUACUCCAAAGAGUGGUGGUGGUCACGCUCUUAGACGAAGCCGUUCACUUUCUUCUUCAGCUUUUCUCCUUGAUGGAACCAUCUCAAAUGGUUCUAGAAGCAGUCGACAACAAAUUCAUUCAUCUCGAUGUUUUACACCGGAAAGCCAAGGAGAGCAUGGUCGCAUGUAUAAUGAUUCAUCUCCAAGUUUGUCAUCAACUUGUUCUAGUAAUCUCUCUAGUCAAGUCUUGGACCGUUUCAUUGAUGGAGAAGCGCAUUAUAAUAAGCAAAAGAGUGGUUCUUUACGUAGUAAUCACUCAGGGAGUGUCAAAGGAAGGAGGCUCCCACCUCGAGUUCAAAGCCCUUCACCACUAUCAGAUAAUGUCCUAGACAAAGGACAAUGUAACAAUGGUUUGGGAGAUGCAUCAGCUCGUUCACUUUCUCAUAAUAAGGCGUCAAGUUAUGACUCAAAAAGCUUGGAUGUUUACGCCAAUCUUGUUUCGUUGUCUGAAGACAAAGAACCGAUGAAUGGAUAUUACACGAAUGAUCACCACACAGAGCAGCACCAAGAGUUUUUCUUGCUAAGUGAGAAUGUUUGUAAAGAAGGUGAGCUAGAGAAGAAGUAUAAAGAAGCUGGGAAGAGAGUGAAGAUGCUUUCUCAAGAGCAUAAGUUUCUUUCAGACAGUGACUUUGAUGUAUCAUCUUUGGUUGAUGAUGAGAAGGUGGGUUUGGCUUUAGAAGUCUUAACUCUUCUGCGGUCACAAAUGGAUGAGAGAGCUUCUGCAAAGGAAGAAAUCAAACGGGCAAAGACUGAUUCAGAAUUGCAUAUAAAGAGACUAGAGAAAGAGAAGAGCGAGUUACAGUUUGAACUUGAGAAAGAGCUUGAUAGAAGGUCAAAAGAGUGGACUUCAAAGCUGGAGAGUUUCCAGGUGGAGGAGAAGAGGCUGAGGGAGCGUGUCAGAGAGCUUGCUGAGCAUAAUGUCUCACUCCAGAGAGAAGUAUCAACAUUUCAUGAAAAGGAAACCGAGCGGAUUGAUAUGAUGAGAAACAUGGAGGAGAAAGUUAAUGAGUUGAGUGAAACAGCAGAGGAUACACGUCAAGAAAAUUCAUAUCUUAUGCAAAGCCUCUCCAAGUUACAAGAGGGUUACACUGAUACUACAGAAGAUCUUGAUAGUGUAAGAAGAAAGUUUGAAGAGAAGGAGAUGGAAUGCAAGGAGUUGUACAAAUCAGUUACGAGGUUGGUAAGAACCUGUGGGGAACAAGAGAAGACGAUUCAGGGACUUAGAGAUAGUCUCUCCGAGGGAACUAAACAUGAAGAUAUGGUGAAGAGAUUGCAGAUGGAGCAGAUAAGGUUGACAGGGGUUGAGUUCUCACUUAGAAAGGAAGUGGAAUCAAUGAAGCUUGAAGUUGAUUCACUACGUGUUGAGAAUAUUUCUUUGCGGAACUAUGACACUAUGACAACUUUUAAGCUAGACAAUGAGAUGAAGAUGCGUGUAGGGCUAUUGCAAGACCAAGGGGUUUUGAUGUUAAAUGAGAGCACACAGCUAUGUUACAAGUUGCUGAAGUUCAUCAAAGAGAAGUUAUCUGAGGACAUGCAUAAUGGAUUGAGUGAGCAGUUUCUGAUUGAAUCUGAGAUGAAUGUCCAUGGAAUACGGCGUGGUACUGAAAGCCUCAAGAGGAGUUUGCAGACAGUCAACAGUUUGUUGGUUGAGAAAGCCAAUGAGAUUGCAUCAAACACAGAAUCAUUGAGGUCUACUGAGCCAAACAACCAAUCAGUAGAGAAACUUUUGAGAAGUGAACUGAGAGCAGAGACUCUAGUAACGAGUUUGUUAAGAGAGAAACUGUACUCCAAGGAACAAGAGAUUGAACAGCUGCAAGCAGAAGUAGCAGCAGGUGUACGAGGUAACGAAGUUCUCCAACGUGAAAUCCAGAAUGUCUUGGACAACCUUUCAAUGAACACACACCAAUUAAAAGACUUCAAGAUUCAGAUGGUGAAGAAGGACGAGAACGUUAACCGGCUUGAAACCAAUCUCCAAGAAGCUGCUAAACAAUUGGCUAGCAUGAAAGUUGCAUUAUCAAAAGUGUUGGAGGAAAGAGAAGAGAUGUGUAAGGAAGUAAAUGACUGCAGAAAGAGAAACGUGGAUCUGGAGUCAGAGAAGGAGAUGUUGAAGAAGGAAGUGGAGAGAUUGGAAGAAGACACACUGCUUAAGGAAGGUCAGAUCACGAUACUAAAAGACACGCUUGGAAGCAAGCAUUUCGAUCUCCUCUCUAGUCCUGACUUCUCAUAUAACGAGUUUUUAGUCCAAUAAGACAAGAAAAUAGAUGUAUAGGCUUAUUUUUCUUUCUUUCUUUAGGUCUUAUAGAUUUGAUAUAUAUGCUUUCUCAAACUUUUUGAAUAGCUAAUAAGAUUCACA